CUCAAUAAGUCAACAAAACCAAAAGAUGAGGAACAUUACUACUGCAACCCGGACAGUGUUACUGCUUGUUAUUACAAUUUUAAUGGUGACUGCGUAUCAUGGAGAAGCCAUAGCAUGUCCGCAGGUAAACAUGUACUUAGCACAAUGUUUGCCUUAUCUAAAAGCUGGGGGAACUCCUUCUGCAAUGUGCUGCAACGGACUUAAUAGUCUAAAAGCUGCUGCUCCUGCGAAAUCCGAUAGACAAGUAGCUUGCAAUUGCUUGAAGAGUGUAGCUAAUACAAUCCCUGGUAUUAAUGAUGAUUAUGCCAAACAACUCCCUGCUAAAUGUGGUGUUAAUUUGGGAGUUCCUUUCUCUAAGACCGUGGACUGUAACAGCAUAAACUGAAGUGUGACUACCAACGGCCAUGCAGCUACAAUAAAAUGGAUAUACUAAAAGAACAAAAGCACCAUGACCAGAUUACACGGAUACUCAGUAUAUUUUAUCUUCUGAACAUAUAUUUUCUAGAUUUAAAUCAUAUAUAUAGUUCUUGGCACAUAAAAUGUGAUAUUCCCACAUAUACAUUUUCCUCUUU